UCGUCGACGAGCACGAGAACGCCGAAAAAUGCUCGGAUUACGAUGACGAGACCAACGACGCCCUGCUCAGAGCCGUGCUGGCGAGUUUGAAGCUCAACAACAUUGGCAACUACGACCACUAGAUGCGGGCGGUCAGGAGGAUUUUCAAAGACUUUCAGAGGAUUUUCUCAAGUCAAUUCUCAUUGGUUCGAGUUGUUGCCCCAAAAAAAUUCGCUCAUCUGUUAUUCUGCCGAGGUCAAAUGUUUCACUCUCUCUUAAUAUUCCUCCUUGAUCAAUCACGAUUGCUUCAAUAAUUUUGCGCUGGCCAUCGGAAAAGGCGGAAAAUUGAUGGCUUACGCGGUAACUCCGAUAAAGAAAAAUGAGCAGAUAACAAUUAGCUACUCGCACAUGAUGAACUUAAUCCUGGAUGCUCGUACCAGAAGGCUCCACUUAGCCCAGGAGAGAAAGUUUAUCUGCCACUGCCGGGGCUGCGUCGACGAGUGGUUGCCCAUGAACCCAAGGUGGCAGACUUUUGCCGAAACAUUGCCGCCCAAUAAUCUUCAAGCCACCUCGAUAGACCCCACGUUCAGUGGCAACAAUUGGUACUUGACCACGCAGCAAAUUAUCAAUAAUAAAAUCAUUAUCGAACUCGUCUAUAAACAUAUGUAUGAAUCUUCGCCAGCGCCGCGGCCUUUUGCGAUACACAUCUUUGUAGGAAGUUUAUAA